AUGUCGUUUCUUGAGCGCAGCGCAGCGGUGUAUCCGGAUCGUGCUGCCUGCAUCUACAACGGCGCGGUUACCACCUACGGCAGCCUCCAUGAACGCGUGCGCCGCCAUGCUGCCGCGCUGCAAAGCGUGGGCGUCCGAGCCGGCGACCGGGUGGCUUACCUGGUGCCAAACCUGCCGGCAAUGCUGGAAGCGAACUUUGCGCCGAUGGGCAUUGGCGCGGUGUUGGUGGCCCUCAAUAUCAGGCUCUCGUCCCGUGAAAUCGCGUACAUUCUGAACCACUCCGGUUCCAAAGUCCUCGUGUUCGAUUCUGAGUUGGCAGACACCGUGCGUCAACUGCGCGGCGAAUGCCCCGGCAUUGAAACCUACGUGCAGGUACGGGACACGGUGCCGCUGGCCGACGACAUCGCCGGCCCUGAGUAUGAACAGUGGCUCGCUGCGGUUGAACCUCUCGCGGUACUGCCCGGGCCGGCAUCCGAAAACGACACCACUACCAUUAACUACACGUCUGGAACUACCGGGAUGCCAAAAGGCGUCGAAUAUACCCCCCGCGGCGCCUACCUCAACGCCAUUGGCGAGGCCAUGGAGAUAGGUUUGAACUGGCGCAGCGUGUACCUUUGGACGCUGCCAAUGUUCCACGCCAACGGCUGGUGUUUCCCGUGGGCCGUCACUGCGGUUGGAGGGACCCACGUUUGCCUGCGGCGCGUUGACCCCGCCGAGGUGUACCGGCUGAUUCGCGAGGAAUCUGUGUCCCACCUAUGCGCCGCUCCGACCGUGCUCACUGGACUGUACUCCGCGCCGGAGGCCGCCACCGCCGAUCUUACCGGCCUCACUAUUAUGACCGCCGGCGCCCCACCGGCUCCGCAGGUUAUCCGUACCAUUGAAGGGAUGGGCGCAGAAAUCAUCCACGUUUACGGCCUGACGGAAACCUAUGGGCCGUGCACGGUAGCCGCACCCCAACCGGAGUGGGACCAGAUGAGUUCCGAAGACCUGGCCCGCGUCAAAGCGCGCCAGGGCGUGCCCUAUAUGGUUUACGGUGUCGGGUUGCGCGUGGUGGACGAAGACAUGCAGGACGUGCCUCGCGAUGCCGAGACGAUGGGCGAGGUAGUAAUGCGCGCGAUGCCGUGA